GUUAAGUCACGUGUUACCGCGUGUCUCUAGCAGAGCUUUUAUUUUGAAGUGUAAAGGUAAACGUAAAAGUUCCUGUUUAAUUCACAGGAAGAAGAUUUGCUGUGCAACAUGGCGUCCGGCAGUGGUGCAAAAAACGAUUUUCGGCGCAAGUGGGACAAAGAUGAGUAUGAACAACUGGCUCAAAAGCGAAUCACAGAAGAAAGAGAGAAAAAAGAUGGCAAACCUGUCCCCCCGGUCAAACGAGAGCUCCUCCGGCACAGAGACUACAAGGUGGAUUUGGAGUCGAAGCUCGGAAAGACCAUCGUCAUCACAAAGACCACGCCACAGGCUGAGAUGGGCGGGUACUACUGCAAUGUUUGUGAUUGUGUUGUGAAAGACUCCAUUAACUUUCUGGAUCACAUCAAUGGCAAGAAGCACCAGAGGAACCUGGGAAUGUCCAUGCGAGUGGAACGCUCCUCGUUGGACCAAGUUAAAAAACGUUUCGAGAUGAACAAAAAGAAGCUGGAGGAAAAACAGAAGGAGUACGAUUUCGAAGAGCGAAUGAAGGAAUUGCGAGAAGAGGAGGAAAAAGCAAAAGCAUACAAAAAGGAGAAGCUGAAAGAAAAGAAACGAAAAGCAGAAGAAGAACUUAAUUUCGAAGAUGACGACGAAAUGGCUGCUGUAAUGGGAUUUUCAGGGUUCGGUUCCUCCAAGAAGGGCCACUGAAUAUAAAUAUCUCACACGUACCCAUGCUGAUGCUGCACUGCUCCCUUCAGCUGGAGGACUGGUUUCAAUUUUUUUUCCAUCUACAGCCAUAAGAAAAUACAAAGCCAACAAAAUAAUCCACUUUUUUUUUUUUUUUUUGGGUCAUCCUCAGUUAUUUGACAUCUUAGUACUUGUCUAUGUCUGGUGCUUUUGGUAUUCCAUUCCCUGGUCCAGUCUCUGAUAUAGAUUUGGAGUUACAGGUUAACUCGAGCAAUAUGGCAGUGAUGUACUAAUGAAUAUUUUUACUGACAUGAAGUAAAAGUGUGUAGGUGCUAAAGGAUAAAAAGGCCAGCGGACAAUAAAAACAGGAUUUUUGUUUUGUUUUAUUUUAUACCCUUCAAUUAUUUUGGUCCUCUUCUGAAAUUUUGAGUAUGUGUUUCCUGACAAAUUCUUUCAUUUUCAUUUUACAUUAAAAACCUUUUAACCUUUUUUUUUUAUUUGAAUAAAUAUUUAAAUGCUA